AUGCGGGGCCUGUCCGGCGGGCUGCUGGCGCUUCUGCUGGGGCUGCUGGGCGGCGGGGGCCGGCCGCGGAUGGCGAGGGGCGCCGUGCCCCUGGGCGACUUCUACCCCUUCGGCCCCGAGGAGGGCGAUGCCGCCACCCCGCAGCAGGACGACGGCGGGUCCGGGCUCCGGCCCAUCGCCGUCCGGCUCCCCUUCUUCGGCGCCGCGCACAACGCGCUCUACGUAAACAACAACGGAAUCAUCUCCUUUUUGAAAGAAGUGUCUCAGUUUACACCAGUGGCAUUCCCUAUCUCCAAUGACCGACGGGUGGUUGCAGCCUUCUGGGCAGAUGUAGACAAUCGGCGUGCUGGACAAGUGUAUUACCGGGAAACCAAGGACAAGGCCAUCUUGGAACGGGCCACUAAGGACAUCUGGCAAUAUUUCCCAGAAUUCCCAGAAUUUUCUGCCCAGUGGGUAUUCAUAGCUACUUGGUACCAAGUCACCUUCUUUGGAGGAAAUUCCCUGUCUCCAGUAAAUAGCUUCCAGAUUGUCCUCAUCACAGAUGGCAUGCUUUCUUUCACUAUCUUCAAUUAUGAGUCCAUUGCCUGGACCACUGGCAUGCAUGCCAGCAGCGGGGGAGACUCGGCAGGCCUGGGAGGCAUUGCAGCCCAGGCAGGUUUCAAUGCCGGUGAUGGAAAACGAUAUUUUAACAUCCCUGGAUCCCGUACUGAUGACAUUGUCGACGUGGAGAUGACGACAAAUGUGGGUAUCCCCGGGCGCUGGGUGUUCAGAAUCGAUGAUGCCCAGGUGCAAGUGGGGGGCUGCAACAACACAACUUCAGUGUGCCUGACACUUCGCCCUUGUCUAAAUGGAGGAAAGUGCAUUGAGGACUGUGUCACUGGGAAUCCCUCCUAUUCCUGCUCUUGUCUGGCUGGCUUCACUGGAAAACGAUGCCAUAUUGAUGUGGAUGAAUGUGCUUCAAACCCAUGUAAAAACAAAGGCACCUGUACUGAUGGGAUCAACAGCUUCAGUUGUCAGUGUCCACCAGGAUUUAAAGGAGCUGCAUGUGAAAUUGAGGAGUCUCCAUGUGAAGUCAAAGAAUGCCACAAUGGUGGAGAAUGCCAGGCCACAAACAGAACAGCUGUGUGCAUUUGCCAGCCAGGUUAUGCUGGAGAAGACUGUGAAAUAGACAUAAAUGAAUGCGAGUCCAACCCAUGCCUGAAUGGUGGGCGAUGCAUGGACCUGGUGGACAAUUUCACGUGUGUGUGUGUGCCGCCAUUCACAGGACAGCGUUGUGAAACAGAUCCUACAGCCUGUGAGGGCAGGAGCUGCAGGAACCGGCAGACAUGUAACUAUAUCCGCCCCGGGCGCUACAUCUGCACAUGCUCUCCAGGCUACUAUGGGAACAACUGUCAAUAUGGUGGGCCAAGAAUGUCUGGUGCGUGUAUCUCCAAUCCAUGCCAGAAUGAGGGCAUUUGCCUUGAAACCAGCCAAGGUUAUGUAUGUGAAUGUACUGAAGAAUAUGGAGGCACAGAUUGCAGAGACAAAAUCUCUGAGGACUGUGAGUGUCGAAAUGGGGGAAAGUGUCUAGAUGGAAACAUUACUAUAUGCCAGUGCCCACCUGGAUAUUUUGGUCCUCUCUGUGAAUUUGAAGUGACUGCUACGCCUUGCAAUAUGAACACCCAAUGUCCAGAUGGAGGCUACUGCAUGGAAUAUGGCGGCAGUUACCUUUGCGUGUGUCAUACGGAUUAUGGGACCAACCACACUGAGCCACCCUCUCCUUGUGACUCGGAGCCUUGCCUGAAUGGUGGAUCGUGCGAUGCUCAGGAAGACUCUUACACUUGUGAAUGUACCCGAGGCUUUGUCGGGAGGCACUGUGAGAAAGCAAGGCCAAAGCUGUGCAGCUCUGGCCCUUGCCGCAAUGGAGGGACAUGUAAGGAAUCCGAUGGUGAAUACCACUGUACCUGCCCUUACCGGUUCACAGGAAAACAUUGUGAGAUAGGUAAACCUGAUCCCUGUGCCUCUGGGCCUUGUCAAAAUGGAGGCACCUGCUUCCAUUAUAUUGGCAAAUACAAGUGUGACUGCCUCCCAGGGUAUGCUGGACGGCACUGCGAGAUAGCUCCUUCUCCUUGUCUCAUGCGUCCAUGUGAAAAUGGAGGCACUUGUGAAGAUCUUGGCCACAGCUAUGUCUGCAUAUGCCCAGCUGGUUACACAGGAAGGCACUGUGAAGCAGAAGUAGACUGUGGCAGGCCCAAUGAGGUGAAGCAUUCUCGUGUGACAUUCAACUCAACUAAGAUGGGUUCUCUGGCAGAAUAUCGGUGUGAUCUUGGCUAUACAUUGAGUUCUCAGAACAAUCCGAGGUUGUGCAGAGCGCAGGGUGCCUGGAGUGACCCUCCACAGUGUAAUGAAAUUGAUGAGUGCCAGUCUCAGCCAUGCCUGAAUGGGGGCUUGUGUAAGGAUCGCAUUGCCACUUUCCUCUGCUUGUGCAAAGGUGGCUAUACAGGACAUCACUGUGAGUUGGAACUUGAUGAAUGUCGAUCAGCCCCUUGCAAGAAUGGUGGGACCUGCAAAGAUCAGCCAGGAUCUUUUAGCUGUCUUUGUCCAGAGAGCUUCAUUGGAAACCAAUGUGAAACAGAAGUGGAUGCCUGUGAAUCAAACCCUUGCCGCAAUGGAGGAGACUGUGAAAAUGACAGUGGUUCCUACUUGUGUGUCUGUCCAGAAGGCUUCUUUGGCAACCACUGUGAAAUAGCUAGUGACCCUUGUUUCUCCAACCCCUGUGGGAGCAGAGGCUACUGUCUGCCCAGUAACGGAUCUCACAUCUGCACCUGCAAAGUGGGCUAUACUGGCAAGAACUGUGAGAAAGAGCUGCUGCCACCAACGUCAUUAAAGGUGGAAAAGGUGGAAGAGACUGGGCUGUCAAUCUCUUGGCACCCUCCCAAGGACCAGGCUGCCAAGCAUAUGAUUGAUGGCUACGCCGUGACGUACGUAUCCUUCGACGGCUCUUACCGCUGGACUGAUUAUGUGGACCGAAGCCGUGCUGCCCACCAUUUGCGGGCACUAGCCUCCGGCAAAGCCUACAAUAUUUCUGUCUUUUCAGUCAAACGCAAAUCGAACAACAAGAAUGAUAUCAGCAGGCCCGUCAUGCUCGUCACACGUACUAGGCCCCAUCCACUGGAGGGAUUUGAAAUUGCCAAUGUGACUGCCACAACCAUUUCUGUACAAUGGGCCCUCCAUAAACUCAAGCACGCCACGGUCAGCAAAGUGCGUGUGUCCAUCCGGCAGCCAGAGGAUGUAGAGGACCGUGCUGUGGAGCUAAACAAUACUGCAACCAAAUACACAUUCCGAGACCUUCAGCCAGGACAGAAGUAUCUUAUCCACAUGUGGACCUUGAGUGGCCUUAGCACAGAAGACCAUCCCACUGAGAGCUUUACCACAGGACCCGUCUAUGUCUGGACUCGGCCUCUUCCUCCUAGAAACCUCACUGCAUCCAGAGUCACAGCCACCUCUGUCCAGAUGGUCUGGGAACAGCCCCUAGUGGGGUCUAGUGAUGGAUACAUCAUCAAUGUCACGACUGGCCAGGUUGGGAAGAGCCGCUACGUGCCCAAUGGAAAGUUGUCUUCCUACACAGUGCGUGACCUGAACCCAGGUCAAAGGUAUCGCUUAUCUGUGAAGGCUGUCCAAAACACAGAUCAAGGACAAUUGACUAGCGAACCUGCCCAUCUCUACAUUACACCCUUGCAGAAGGACGGUGCCCCAGAAAGACGCCGGAGCCAAACAGGGCCUCCUCGUGUGCUAAGAAACCGAGUCCCACCAGCAUUUCUGCGAGAGCUGCAUCUGCUUGCAGAUCACAACAUCCCUGAGGAACCUUCUCUAGCACCCAGGUUUACAGAGCUAGUGGAUGGCAGAGGGAGGAUCACCACAAAAUUCAACAACUCACCAAGUAAAGCCGUCACUGUAAGAACACAACCUGAUGCUCCCACGAAAGUGGAAGAACACCCAGAGGAGUCAACCAAGGCUAACCUGGCAUUGCAGCUACCAGAAUCAGAGAGCACCAAGAAAGAAAGUGACAGGCAGAACUGUUCUGUAAACUACUGCAAAAAUGGGGGGACUUGUGUUGCCGACUCAGAUACGUACCAUUGCGACUGUAAUCCUGGAUUCAAGGGCCGACAAUGUGAACUAACCUGCAAGAAAGUGCCUCAGUCUUGUACUCGGCUCUACUCAGAAUCCAAAUCCUUUCCAGUCUGGGAAGGAGGUGUUUGUCAUUAUCUAUACAAGAGGGUCUACAAAGUGCACCAGGAUGUCUGCUACAAGGAGAGCUGUGAGAGCACUGUUACGAAUAAGGCAGUCAGCAGAAAACAAAGUACUAGACACUGAAGCCUUAUCGAACCAAAGCCUUCAGCAUUUCUACAAACUGAAUUGAAAAAGAAGCAGGGGAGACUGUACUAGCAUGAGCUAUGGACCCGUUCCCCUUUGUCUUGUUCAAGAGGUGUUCACCAGAGAGCCGUAUCUCCCUCUCUUUGGCAAGAUCAUAAGGACUUGCUUGCCUUUUCAGAUGCCUUUUCUUCAUAGCACAUGAACAUUUUUGUACAGAAUGAGUUAAAAAUCUCUCAGGACUGCAGUGCUUUGUGGGCUACAUGCAGCAAGAAUCUAGCUCAGGCUUAAUGAUAACGGAGAUACUGGUUGUGUAGUCUGAGGUUAAUGGGCCACCUUGAAUGAAAAAGUAGUCUGGGUGAAGGGGAUGAAGCCACCUCUGUUCUGGAUUACAACCAAACAGGAGAACCCCACUGCCAUUAAUAUUUUGUGAUCAAAGCCAAUUACAGGUUUAAAAUAUUGCCCAUUGGCAAAACUAGUUGUUAAUGAAGAAACAUGAAAUUUGACAGCCAGUCAUGUUGCGCCACUGCUAGCAAAAUAAUAUUUCAAAAGUUAUGCUAGUGAGUCUACAUCCACCUUCUUUUUAAAAUAUCAAAACAGAAAUUUAGUGAAGCCUCUAGCCAAGCUGAUUUAUAGAACCGAGGGAACACCAUGCAUUGAUUAGCAGACCUGUUUGAAACCCUUCUACUUUGUCUCUGCUUCUUAGAUGAGUAAAACAUCAUCUUGGGCUGCCACUGGAGAAAAAAAGUGUGAAACAUCAGAUUUUCUCCAUUCGUCUUCCCAGAUACAUGUUGCCUACAGUAACUACGGAUGGCCCACCACUCAAGGAGCAUUAUUGUUUCUUAGUUUUUGAGAUUGUAUGACUAGUUAAACAUAAGAUUGUGUUAAUAUACAUACUGUAUAUUUUAUAAAUUAAUACAGCCAGGGUUCAUUUAUAGUUUUAGACUACUAUUCCUUCAGUAGCAAUGAGGCUCUCGCAGGCCAUUUGACUAUUGCAGAAAAUCAACCCUGUUUCCUGGAAUCCUUUUCCUUGAAGACUUUAAGAGUUGUAAAUAUAGUUUUUUUGCCAUGAAAGGGGAGCAUUCCAUAAAACAGUAUCCUUCCCAGCAGGAAAAAAAUGUCAACCUUCACUUCCCAGAAGUAGCACAAAAUGGCUCUAUAUAACUGCAUUAUGAAAAGCCACCAAAUUCUUCAAACUCAUUCUUAGGUGCUAAUUAUAAUUUUGACAAGUUUUGGGGAGUGUUAUCAACUAAGGAUUUUUAAAAUGUGGUCCUCUUUCUAUAAUCCUAAAAGGAUGACUAUUUUGAGAUAGAUGGGGAAAUGUAAGAGGAGAAUUGACACUAAAUCUUUGAAUUUUCCCUAGUGGCAUUUAAUGGAGCACUGUGGAAUGUGGAUUACUCAUUGGGGGAGAACAAUAAAGAGCAGGAUCAGAAGAGGCGUUCUUAAAGACACCUCAGGUAGAUUGCUAGGAUGAUACAGAGGUACUACAUUAAGGAUGAUAUUCUACAUUAGGCAUAGUUUGUAACUUGUUUUGAAUUAUGCUGCUUUGUCAAAGAAGCCUAUCUUUUACUGUUCCACUUUAAAACAAAUCAGCCUAAGAGAAAUCUGUACAUUCACAUCCUAGCAGCAAAAAGAAAUAUGUUGUUAUAUCCUUGUUUCUUAUGUUCACACUGUGAGUGCUGCUGCUUAUUUAGUUAAACAGCAUCACUCACACAAAGAGAACAGGUAUCAGCAGGCAAAGGCUUGCAAAACUAAAACGGGAAAAACAAAAAAACAGUGCAAUAAGAUCUGAACAAGGCCAGUUGUCACACAAUGCUGGAAGCGAAGAAGGAAUGGAACAACAUGGCUAGAAGUGUGAUAAUGCAACCUUUCUCUGGAGAUCCUACUCACAAGCACUUCAAGUAAACUGAUCCAGUAUAACUGGCUCGGGGCAUGUCUUUUACAAAAAGUGGGUGGAAGGGUGGUAAUAGUAUACUAUUUCAAGUCCAAUACAAGUUUUUAAAAAAUAAGAGUUCUUUGUAGCCAGUUUGUCAGUCACUCAUUGAAAUUGGUUUCUCCCCAGGUACAAUCUAAAGUAGAACAGAGUCUAUAUCAAGCCAGUAUUCUAUAGCCAGAAUGAGGCAUAUGUAAUGCAGCAAUAAACUAAGAAAGAUUUUAUUCUGUCAAAGUUAUUUUGUCUUGCAUUUUAGAUUAAAAAUCCAAUUUAUUUAAAACCA